AUGCUGUCUAUUGUCCUAUGGGAUCGGGCUGACCUUCACUGUAAACUUAAGUGCCCUAAUUGUCGAAAAAUUGAGAAAGGUCAAUGGCUUUAUGGUAAUGGUUGUCGUCCGUUGCCUGAGUUUAACAUGGAUGACUGGGCCCAUGAUGAUGAUCUUUAUGGUCUAAGCUACUCUGAAAUGGUAAAGCUAAUGAAUAAUACUUACUCUUAA